GUAAAACAUUUUUCAUCCUCAAUGGCACAUUUUCGGUCCAAACUCCAAAUUUUCAGUUUACUCUCAUUAAACAAGAAUAAAUAUAACCCCUUCUUGUGGCAACAAUCGUGGCAUUAUGCCAAGUCUGUCUGUUCAAAGAAAAACAGUUUGAAAGAAAAUAUUAUUGAGGGUUGUAACAGACGAUCAAUAUCAACUCUAUCAAAGACACCUGAGCAUUAUGGAGUAAGGAAAAAAAUAUGUUUUUUGAAUAUUCAAAGAGCAUCAUCAUCGACACAGAAGAAACUUGCAGAACGGAAAUUGUCCCUUUGGGAAUAUGUGUUUGGUCCUAAGAAAUCCUCAAAGAAUUCUUGUGCUCGCCAGUUGACUAAUUGUCAAGAACAGCCGCGUUCCAAGAAUUUGCGUUAUCAAAUGGCACCUAGGAAUGUGAUCUACAUCGAUCUGAUUAAAUUGAAAAAUACAAGAUUUACAAAAUCGCAGCCUAAGCCUCCACCCUCGUACAAACCGCCCAGAGCUGUUUUGCUGAACAAGGCGAUGGUAGAAGGUUUCCCUGAGGACGAUAAAACUUGCGAGGGUAAGAUGGUUACACCUACAACGCCCAGAAAACCAUACGAAGAAAUGAAGCCGAAUUCAAAUAGUUUAAAUGCCAAGAGAACCACCGAUCAGCAUCAAAAGAACAUUAGAUCAAAGAACACUAAAUCAUAUCCUCCAAUCUUUGAGAAAUCUCGAAUGUCGAUGAUACUAAUAUCAGAUUCGGCGGAAGCUCGCGAUAUUACAGCGAAGAUAUUGCGUCAGGCGAUGGCACAGGAAGAGCCACGAAUGCAUUCAAGAAUUAAGCAACUCAAAAUUUUAAUGAAAGAGAUGUCCAAGUCCCAUAACAUGCGUCACAAAUAGAU